AUGGAGCGUUAUGUCUUGUCGAUCGACCAUCUAGCUCGUUGCGAUGACGGAUCGGUGCAAGAUGCACAAUGCCUAGAGGCGGCAUUUGCUAAGCGGCCAAAAGUUGUUCGGUCGCCGCCUGGCAAAUUCAACCAUAUGGAGGCGGAAACGGUGGCUUUACCCGUUAAUAGCUCAGGAACGGCUGGAACACCGGCAUUGGCUCCCAGCAGCCCGGAGACAACCACCUCGCCAAAAGUUAUCUCAAAUGUGACGGAGUUAGACGAGUUGGGCUCACUCAUUCCCAUUUGGGAAAUGGACACCAUGUUCAACAAAGGCGAUGAUGGCAAAAAACCAGUGCGCCACAUAAACCUCGGCACGAAGAAUGCAAUAGUGCGAAUGAAAGAGCUGCACGAAAUGCUAUGCCAUAUAAUGAUAGGCAGCAAAACGGCGGUAGGCUCAAAGUGCGAAAUUGCAACUCAAACCUCGCCUCCUAAUGCUAUUAGGCUGAAAAACGGUGCGAAAAAGAUGGAUGCGAUAGGAAACACGCCCAAACGCCAGAGAGAAGACGUGGGCGCACAGCGCAACACCCCUCCUAAGCGACCCCGAGCAAUCGCGCUAAACACGCCACGCGGCGAUCCGGAGCCAGGUACUGGGCAGCGAGCCAUUGCGACCGAGCCGCAGGCAGCCCAUGGAGCGGCGGAAUGGCAGACUGUCUCAAGGAAAAGAGCGGGCAAGCCAUCCUUGAGGAAAUCUAGGCCGGAGGUAAUCGUAAUUAAGGCGAAAGAGGGCUGCACUUAUGCCGAAAUCCUGAGCCUAGUUACCAGAAGGCCAGACGGCAAGCUCGACGAGGUUAAAAAUAACGUCAAGAGGACGAGGAAAACGGCUACGGGCGAUCUACUUCUCGAGCUUAAGGGGAGUGGAAAUGCAAACAGCAGGAAACUGACUGAAGACUUGAGCCAAGUACUGGGCCACCAAGCUUCAGUACGAGCAGCUGGAGCCGAUGCGUGGCUGGAAAUGCGCAACCUCGACCAUUUGGCGACGGUAGAGGAAAUCAAAAAGGCCAUUAAUCAAAAAAUUGGCGAUGACGCUGGGCAAGUAAAUGUAAGGGGCUUGCGCAAGUCGUACAGAGGCAAACAGAUGGCUAUCUUGAACAUGCCGCGGACUAUAGCAGCCACAUUAUUGAGAGCAGGCUCCAUUGAAGUUGGCUGGGAUACGUGUCCGAUUCGAGAGAGGCAGGCUCAAAAGAGAUGUUACAAGUGCCUAUGCUUCGGCCACAAAGCAGAUAGUUGCACUAGCGCCAAAGAUCGCACGAACUGGUGCCUCAGAUGCGGCCAGACUGAUCACAAGGCAGCGACAUGCAACAACAACCCAGUUUGUUUUAAUUGCGUAGACGCAAAACGUAUGGAUGCGAGCCACUACACUGGUAGUCGCCGUUGCCCAAUGGACUUACUUGCGCAGUCAAUAUUAGAAUUGGAGAUCGAUUUGGCUAUCCUGAGUGAGCCGUACAGGACGCAGUCUAAUAACUCCUGGGCUGCAGACAUGACACACAAGGCUGCGAUCUGGAAUUGCGGAGCAAAUGGCCCGCCUUUGCAGCACAUUAAAUCAUCCAAAUGCUUCGUACGUGCGCUUAUCGGAGACGUGUGGGUCUACAGUUGCUACAUGGCACCUAGCCUCUCGUUACACGAGUUUGAAUCGGCAGUAGACCAACUCGCUAUGGAUGCUAGAGGUAAAACCAAGGUCAUAAUUGCUGGUGAUUUUAACUCUUGGUCAACGGAAUGGGGCAGCAGUCAGUCUAAUACCAGAGGCCGCACUCUGCUGGAGGCAUUGGCAGCUCUGGAUCUGGUAGUGCUGAAUUCUGGCUCGGAGCACACUUUCCAGCGAGCUGGCUACGGAUCUGUAAUUGACGUGACAUUUGCGAGCAGUCAGUUGGCCCAGCUAACCGAAUGGAAACUUUGCAGCCACUACACAGCCAGUGAUCACCAGCCAAUAACGCAAAUGCGCUUUCCUCAACUAACUGGUGACGCAAACAAUUGCGCCAAACUGCUGGUGGACGCGAUUUCAUCAGCUUGCGAUGCCAGUAUGGUGACCCGUAGGGGCCACACCAAACAGAAGACAGCAGUCUACUGGUGGAAUGCGACCAAAGAGGGGGCGAGAAAACGGUGCCUGCAAGCCAGACGCCAGUAUCAAAGAUCGCGCGGCAGAGGGGAUUUUACCAGCCUACAACUAGAGUUUCUUAGCAGGAGAAGCGAACUGCGACAUGCUAUUAAGGAAAGCAAAAAGAAAUGCUUUCUCGAACUUUGCGACGCGGCUGAAAAUGACGUUUGGGGCCGGGCAUAUAAAGUGGCAAUGAGAAAAUUCAAAGCUUCCAAGCCAGCCACACCAGACGAAUCUCAAAUGCAGCUGAUAGUGGAAACAUUGUUCCCAGCCACUUCAGUAGUAGAACCAAGGUCGACCCUACACAGUGUAGCAACAGAUGCUUGCAACAUCAGUCCGGAAGAGGUACUUCAAGUAGCUGUCGGAAUGAACGACCACAAGGCCCCUGGUCCAGACUCAAUACCUAAUAAGGCACUUAAAUUGGCUGCCCGGCUUCACCCCGAUAAAUUCGCAAUGGUGUUCAACAAAUGUUUGGCAGAAGGCGUGUUUCCCACCAUUUGGAAACUCCAGGACCUUGUGCUACUCCCAAAGGCAAACAAGCCAGCAGAAGACCCAUCUGCAUACAGGCCGAUCUGCCUCUUGGACUCGACAGGCAAGAUGUUCGAGAAGCUAAUAGCGCUCCGUGUAGAAGCAGCCAUCCAACGGUCUGGCGAUCUGUCCCCGAUGCAGUUUGGUUUCAGAAAGGCUAAGUCAACAAUAGACGCCUUAACAGCAGUAGUCGACGUUGCUAGCAAAGCCAUCGAGGGACUACGGUGGAAGGGUGGCAGUAAAAAAUAUUGUUUGGUGACCACACUCGACGUCAAGAAUGCGUUCAACUCGGCGAAUUGGAGCAGAAUUCUACAUGCUUUGAGUUCAUUUCAAGUUCCUGAGUAUCUAAUUAUCUUAGUGGAGGACUAUUAUACUGUGGAGACCGUAUACUGCGAUAUAGCACACAAGGCGGCUCAAAAAUACACUUGGUACAAGGAGGAGUUCCACAGGGCUCGGUUUUGGGCCCCCUAUUGUGGAACAUAA